GGCUCGCGGCCGCGGUUCUGAGCACGCGCGCGCGCGCCUCCCCUCCCCUCCCCCCGGCUCGGAUUUCGUUCGGUGCCCUCGCUCGCCGCGCCGCGCCGAACCAAGGGCGCUGCCCGGUGCCGCGGGGCGCGCAGAUGCGAGGCCGGGAGAAAUGCAGAAGUCGCGGAGAGACCUCAUGAAGAGGAAGGCGGCGGCCAAGGCGCACGAGCAGAGCGCGGGCGCGGCCGCCGGGAUGAGGAGGCGGCGGCUCUACGGCUUCUCCGCCUCGCUCGUCGUUGCGUCCUGGGUCGCGCUCCUCAUCCUCAACUCGCUCGUCGGCCACGGCGACGGUCAACGCGGUACGCACGAUGGUGGAGACCCUAUUGUUGCCAUUCCCAUUGCUGGGCCUGGGCCUACAAUGAAUGAAGGUUCUGUUAGUCCUGAUGUUGUACACCAGGAGCAUGAGGAGAAUUUGGCAGUGUCUGCUGACACAUGUGUAAAACUUGAUGCAAGUGUCUUGCUUUCAGAAGAGACAGUGCUGCAGGAAGAUGAACUGUGUCCCAAGGAUGAUACCCAAAGUGAUGACAUGGAAGCUCUAAUAGAGGAUGAUCGAAUUGAGCUGUCGGAAGGUCAGGGCAAGGAACAAACUCUAACCAUGGAUGAUCAAAUUCACCUGUCAGAAGGUCGGGGUGAGGAAGAAGUUCUGGCCAAGGAUGAUCAAAUCGAGCAGUCAGAAGGUCAGGGUGAGAGUCCUCAUCUGACAAACAUUGACUCUGUAGCUCAUCCAGCGGAGAAGGUGGAUGCUGAAGAUGUUCCCAAACCAGCAAGAUUGGCACGGAUUGUUCCUCCCGGUCUUGAUGAAUUCAAGACGAGAGCAAUUGCUGAAAGGGGAAAGGAUGCCUCCAGUCAAACUGGUCAUGUGAUCCACCGAAGGGAACCUAGUGGUCAGUUGUACAAUUAUGCUUCGGCAGCUAAAGGGGCAAAGGUUCUGGAUUUUAACAAGGAGGCCAAAGGCGCUUCCAACAUUCUAGACAAAGAUAAGGAUAAGUAUCUCCGCAAUCCUUGCUCCGUUGAGGGAAAAUAUGUCAUCAUAGAGCUUUCUGAAGAAACCUUGGUAGAUACCAUUGCAAUUGCAAAUUUUGAGCAUUACUCUUCUAAUUUAAAAGAAUUUGAAAUGCUGAGCAGUCUUAUUUAUCCCACAGAAAACUGGGAAACACUUGGGAGAUUCACUGUCGCAAAUGCGAAGCAUGCUCAGAGUUUCACAUUUCCCGAGCCAAAGUGGGCGAGGUACUUGAAGUUCAAUUUGCUAAGCCAUUAUGGUUCUGCAAGCUAUUGUACACUGAGUAUGCUUGAGGUGUACGGAAUGGAUGCUGUGGAAAAGAUGCUCGAGAACUUGAUCCCAGUUGAGAAUAGAAAUGCUGAAUCUGAUGACAAAUCGAAGGAGCCAAUUGAGCAACCACCUUUGAAGGAGCCUAGUGGUGGAAAAGACUCCUCACAGGAACCCCUUGAUGAAGAUGAAUUUGAGGUAGAAGAUGAUAAGCCAAAUGGAGAUUCAUCAAGGAAUGGUGUUCAUGAUCAGAUUGUAGAGACAAGGACACUUCAGGCUGGCAGAAUUCCUGGAGAUACAGUUCUUAAGAUACUGAUGCAGAAAGUUCAGUCUCUUGAUGUGAGCUUUUCUGUAUUGGAGCGGUACCUAGAGGAACUCAACAGCAGAUAUGGACAAAUUUUUAAGGAUUUCGAUUCUGAUAUUGAUAGCAAAGAUGCACUCUUGGAGAAGAUAAAAUUGGAGUUGAAGGAGCUUCAGAGCAGCAAAAAUGACUUUGCGAGAGAUAUUGAAAGUAUCCUUUCAUGGAAGUCAGUUGCCUCCUCGCAGUUAGACCAACUUGUCCUGGAUAAUCUCAUACUCAGAUCUGAGUAUGAGCGAUUUCGGGAUAAGCAGGUUGACCUGGAGAAUAGGAGCUUUGUUGUUAUAUUCCUGUGUUUUAUUUUUGGAUGCCUAGCCAUAGCUAAAUUGUCCAUAGGUAUGAUAUUCAAUAUUUGUAGGUUAUAUGAUUGUGAAAAGUUGGAUAUGGUAAAAUCCGGAUGGCUUGUGCUGCUGCUGAGCAGCUGCAUUGUGGCCUCCAUUUUGGUAAUACAGUGAUGUAUGUACUCAUCUCCAUAUAAUCGCGGCUGCAUAUUGUAAUUCCAUGAGGUAUCUAAUUCAAAAAAGAUCACAUCUCUUAGAUAUUACAAGAAUAAAAUCUCAGUACAGAUUAUCUA